UUCCUCCUGCCUCUCCAAUAAAGGGCCUGUGGUCGAAACAAUUACUUCUCUCUGUGACGUACGAGAAGCUGCGGAGCUCGGUGUGUUUUAUUAAAGGUUUGCCUCUUAAAUUAUUUCUUGCAAAAAGGCCAGGCACAUCCUGCAGGCAUUGGAGCUAAUAAAUAGAGGAGGUGGAAGAGGGAACAUCGUGUUGACUUGCACCUGGUGUAUCUCAACAGAAUGCAUUACAAGGUUUUAUAGUUCAUCCAACCAGUUUACUCUGAACGAUGCCCAGUUUCAACCCUCUACGAUGGUUGAAGGAUGGCAGGGAGUCCCGGAAGCUCGUGUUAGUGGUGGUCUUUGUCGCCUUGCUGGUAGAUAACAUGCUGCUUACUGUCGUGGUGCCCAUCAUCCCCAGCUUCCUAUAUGCCACCGAGUACCAGACGUCAGAACAUUCUGUAACCCUGAACGACAGCUCACUUCCAACACAGAAGGCCUAUGAAGCCACCACAUUCUCCUCUGUUUUUUCCUUUUAUGACAACGCAACCUACGUCGUUAGUGACUCUGCUGUCAACGUGUCAGACCUCAUUUCCGAUGUGAAUGUCAACAGCUCUUUCGAAAGGGAGGCCGUGACGUCAGCACCGUAUAACAACUGUGUGAAGAACAGUGACUACCUCGUGGAAGAAAAUGUUCGUGUGGGGCUGCUGUUCGCCUCCAAAGCUUUAGUACAGCUAUUGACUAAUCCCUUUGUUGGCCCUCUGACAAACAGGAUCGGAUUCCACAUCCCAAUGUUUGCUGGAUUUAUUAUCUUGUUCUUCUCGACAAUAAUGUUCGCCUUUUCAGGAACAUACACCCUUCUAUUUGUGGCUCGAGCCCUGCAAGGAUUCGGUUCUUCAUUCUCCUCUGUAGCAGGCCUGGGGAUGCUGGCCAGUGUUUACACAGAUGACAAUGAGAGAGGUGUUGCCAUGGGACUAGCUCUUGGAGGUCUAGCAAUGGGAGUUCUUAUUGGAGCCCCAUUUGGAAGUGUCAUGUAUGAGUUUGUUGGGAAAAGUGCCCCGUUCAUUGUUUUAGCUUGCCUGGCUUUAGUUGAUGGAGCAUUACAGCUCUGCAUACUGCGGCCAUCAAAGAUCUCUCCUGGGAGUGUAGAAGGCACACCUUUAUUAACCUUACUACGGGAUCCUUAUAUUCUAAUAAGUGCAGGGUCCAUUUGCUUUGCUAACAUGGGGGUGGCCAUGCUGGAACCCACACUACCCAUAUGGAUGAUGCAAACUAUGUGUUCUCCAGAAUGGCAGCUUGGUAUAGCAUUUCUCCCUGCGAGUAUAUCGUACCUCAUUGGAACUAACCUGUUUGGCUUGCUAGCUAACAAAAUGGGCAGGUGGGUCUGCUCAUUGAUUGGAAUGGUGAUUGUUGGAAUCAGCCUGCUCUGUGUUCCUCUAGCAAACGAUAUUUAUGGACUCAUUGGUCCUAACGCCGGCCUUGGACUUGCGAUUGGUAUGGUGGACUCCUCCAUGAUGCCUAUAAUGGGCUACCUGGUAGAUCUCCGGCAUGCUUCAGUCUAUGGAACUGUCUACGCUAUUGCAGAUGUUGCUUUCUGCAUGGGAUUCGCUAUCGGCCCCUCCACAGCUGGAGCCAUUGUGGAAGCUAUCGGCUUCCACUACCUCAUGGUCAUCAUUGGCAUUAUCAACAUACUAUACGCCCCUUUGUGCUGCUUUUUAAGAAAUCCUGCAGCAAGAGAAGAGAAAAUGGCCAUAAUAAACCAGGAGUGCCCCAUGCACGUCAAAACCUACAGCACUCAGAAGGCGUACCGGGAGUUCCCACUGAGUGACGCUAGUGAUGAGGAGGAGACUGAAGAGUGACCACAUUCCCAGGGCACAGCCAGACACGCUGUCAUGCAAUCUGAUAUACAGUACUACACUUGAGCAUAGGUGUACUGCACCCUCAAAACAACAACUCUUUGUGGUCUUGCACAGCAAAAACAUUUUGUUUCACAAGAAAACAGACUUGAAAAAAUUAAAAAAACAACCAAAGACUUGCCACUAUAAUGAAUUUGUUCCACUGGAUGUUGGAUGCUGCUUUUCUUGUUUUCACAAACAAAUCAUCUUGCUUUCUCGUUUUAUGUGGAAAGGUACAGUGAUAAAAAGUGAGAGGCUAGCUAAAAAGCAUACAAUUCAGUUUUGCUCUAAAGGAUUUUUUUGUUGUACUUCUGUUUUGUAUUCAGAGGUAGAUGAAAACAACUAGAAGUGAAACAAAACUGAAAUGAAAAUUAAUUUUAUUUCAAUUUCUGGUCCUUAAGGACAACUUCUUAUGUGGUUGGAAGACUUGCUAUAACUACAUUGCGUUUCAGAGGUGCCAGAGCCCAGCCUGACAUACUGUAAAAGCACAAAGCUCAGAGAGCUCUUCAGGUGGGAUUGAGAGUGUUUCCCAGGUCCUUUUAAGAAUCAAUACUGUAGUGUAGCUUGUCCUACAACAUUUGUCUUUUUUUACAUUGUUAGAAUUUUUGCUACAAAAGAUUAUUUUUUCAUAAUUUGGUUUUAAUUCUAAAAUGUACAGAUUAAAAACUUUCCCUCCCUUUGUCAAUGCCUCUGGGGAUUUUAAUCCUUUUGGAUUAUGGAUUGCCCACAACACUUUGUAGUUCAGUUUUUAGACCUAAAUUCAAACCCCUGUGUCUGAAACAAUAACUAAAAGAUUAUUCAUAGGGCCAAAUUUAAUCAAUAAAAUUACAUCUUCUCUUAUUUUGAGAUAAUCUCUUAUUCCUGUGCAGAAAUACUCAAAAGUUACCACAGGACAGUUCUCAAGGACAUCUCUUCAAUCAGUAAAAUCCAAAUCUUUACUGUUCGAUCUAUAUAUUCCAUAUUAUUACUACCUUAACUAGAAAAAUGUUGUAGCCUUCUUCUACACAGCUCCUUUACGUCUUAGCUAUUAUAAAAUCCAAUAUUCUUUCCUCAGUUUCUUUACUGUUUUAGUGUUUCUUUGUAGAUAUUACAAUUUUAUCUUCAGCUGGAGGGUCUAUGUUUUUGCUGAGACUUUUAAUUUCCUUUCUGCACUGGAGCUUGGUCAUGUUUUUAAAGCACAACUUGGUACUUAUUCAAGAGAGAGACAGAUAGAGAGAGAAAGGGAGAAAAUGGGAAAGAUUUGCAUCAGUGGUGUGUUGUUCUUCAAUGCAUCCAAUUUCCAGGUCCCAUAAAUAACAAACAAGCAUCUGGAACAGAGAGCUAGCCUCUGGAGCCUUCUGUAGACAUCUUAUUCAAUUACCUUGGAAAAAGUCUUGCCUUAAGUAGCCUCUGUGGCUGACGGCUUACUGAUUGUACAAGAAUUGGUUACUGUGCUUUGCAAAUAAAAUGCUUAUCAAACAAAAGCUAGAUGCUGAAUUAAUAUUAAUAAUUUAGGGUCCUAAUAUGCUCCUUUGACCUCCCAGAGUAUGUAUAGAAUCUUCCAAAACAAAAUAAAUCCUUCUGGUUUACGACUGUUGCACAAAUUACAGCCAGGAGAACAAUUAAGAGCCAGACAAAGCUGUUUAUGGUAAGGGGAAAGAAGGAAAAUAAAGACGACACAUAUACGUUUACUUGACUGUUGUAUGAGCAGGAGAAAUAUUUGUAGGAUUUUGAUUUUAAAUUUCCUUGAAUUGGCCCUCACUAUUAGCCCUGGCUAGUGUGUCUCUUGUGUUUUCUGUGCAGCCUGAGUGCUUGAUGUAAACCACCACUUUUUCCUGCUCUUGAUAGUCUUGAAUAUUUUACUAGGAGGGUUUUACAAAACACACAAAAAUGAAAUUCACUGUGAUUAUGAAAAUAAUCAAUUUUUCCUUACUGUGUUUGUUGUUUGGACUUUUCCAUGUAUUUAAGUUUCUAUACAAUAGUUCUACAGUACAUAUACUUAUGCAUCUAGGUGGAAAACACCUCAGCCUAUUUGAGUAGAAUGUGUGAGUGCAUUAAACGUGUUCAGUUUCAAAUA